GUCUCUUGGUCGUCUGCUACUGCGUCUGGUGUUUGAAUAAGUCUUUGGUGUCUUUGUCCACACGUCAAGGAGUAUCGUGCUGCACUUGAAGGAAACUGCAAUAGUUCAUGACAAUGGAAAAGUUUAAAAUACACGACAUAUGGGUUCAUUUCCCUUUCGUACCGUAUCCCUCUCAGGAGGCAUUCAUGGCAAAACUGUUGGAAAGUUUGAAUGGUGGAAAAAAUGGUUUGUUGGAGUCACCAACUGGAACAGGUAAAACAUUAUGUUUGUUGUGCGCCUCUAUGGCUUGGCUCGACUUAGAGAAGCGGUAUAAGGAGAUACCUGAUCUGAGAUUAAUGAACGAGAGUGGCCCUUCAGCAGAAAAUGAAACAACUGGUGAUGAAAUGCCUGUGUCAGGUCAGUCAGAUUUCAAACCUCCGAAAAGCCAUAAAAUAUAUUUUUGCUCCCGUACCCACUCGCAAAUUAUGCAGGCCAUUCAGGAGUUCAAAAACACUGGGUACCAGCAUCUCCGGACUACAGUCUUGGCAUCUAGAAACCACCUUUGCAUCCACCCAUCCGCCAAAAAGGCGGGGGGUAAUUUGGACAACAAGUGCAGAUCACUUCGAAAAAAGACAAAAUGCGAUGCCCCCGAUCCAUUAGUCAUUCCUGACAUAGAAGAUGUGCCUAAAAAGUGCCAAAAAUGCAACUGUGACCACACUUGCCCUUUCUACACAAAUUUUCAAGAAAUGAAGAAAGCUAAAGGUGAUGAGCUCGACUUUCCUUUUACCUUUUCAGGAGCUUUUGACCAAAAAACUCUGAUAGAGAAGUGUAAGAAGUACAGUGUUUGCCCAUUUUAUAUGUCACGACACCUCAAAGAAACAGCUGAUGUCAUUUUUUUGCCUUAUUCCUACAUUUUUAAUCCACAUAUCUUGAAGGGCCUGAAUCUUGAUAUAAUGAAUGCAAUCAUUAUAAUUGAUGAAGGCCACAACCUUGAAAAAGUGUGUGAAGAAAAUGCAUCAUUUUCCAUUCAAUUCUCAGAUGUUGAUAAUUGCUCGAAAGAGUUGAAAAACGCCUUAGAGUACACUGGUGAUGAGAAGUUUCCUGCUUCUGUGAGAGAAAGGGACCUGCAUGAACUUCAAGAAAUUUUGGUGAAACUUCGAAAAAAUUUAGAGCUUUUGGAAGCUGACAAGGCAAGAAAUGGCCAAUUUUGUAUCUCCAUUUUUUCUGAUUCUGGCUUCACUAAGAAAGAGUGGCGAAGACAACUUCAUAAUCUGAAGGAAGUUGCACAGUUUUUUGGGGAGAAAGAACUCAAAACUGAGGGCAUGAGAAAAAUAACUAAUGUGGUUACCACGGUUUUUUACUUGGAUAGUGAUGAUGGUGAUGGAUCUCAAGAAUCAACUUUGGAAAAAAGCUUUGUGCUUUACAAAGAAAAGCUAACUCCUGAGACCAUACUUACUGGUGUGGAACCAAAAAUAUUUUUGUGGUGCUUUGACGCUGGAGUUAUUAUGAAGUCCCUGCAGAGGAAAGGGGUGCAUUCGUUCAUUGUCACAAGUGGCACACUUUCUCCUCUGGAGCCAUUAAAAAGUAGCUUAGGUAUCACCUUUGAGGUUGAACUCAUAAAUGAACACGUUAUAGAUACAUCCCAGGUUCUUGCUUUGUCUAUUGGUAGAGUGGAAAAGGCUAGUCUUGAUGCAAGAUUCAAUUACAGAGAAAGAAACAAGGACAUUUUGUAUCCAGCUUUUGGACAAUUAGUUUUAAAGGUGGCUGAAGUUUCACCAAAGGGCCUCCUCAUUUUCUUUCCCUCUGGAAAAGUUAAAAAAGACUGUCUAGAUAACUGGAACAACACUCCUUUCCAAGAUUCCAGUUUGUAUGAUGCAAUUGAAAAGCAAAAGGUGAUUUAUGAAGAACCCAAAAACUCAUCAGAUUUACCUGGACUUCAAAAAGUAUUCUUCAAAAAAAUUGCUGAGCCCAACAGCAAAGGAGCAUGCCUAGUUGGUGUAUUGAGUGGCAAGGUGAGUGAAGGAAUAGAUUUUAAAGAUGACCUGGGAAGGGCUGUUAUAAUGUUCGGCAUUCCAUUUCCACCCUUUAUGGAUCCAUGGGUAAAGCAUAAAAGAAAACAUAUUUGUGAACAUCGUGGUGAAGAAGCUGAUGAAGAUUGGUACCUAUCACAAGGAAUUAGACCAGUAAAUCAGGCCUUGGGGAGAAUCAUCAGACACCAAGGGGAUUAUGGAGUUGUGGUUCUUGCAGACACUCGAUACAUCAUUGACCAAAGAAUUAUCAAAGAACUUCCUGGAUGGCUUAAAAAAGCUAGAGAGGUUGUGGCAUUUCCCCAGGUCAGCUAUCGCUUAAAGAAUUUCUUUUCCACCAUCCCUUCAAAGAUGAAGAACAUUAAAAAGAGAACUGAAAUUCAACAAGAAAAAAUACGGGAAAGACACCAAAAAGAAAUGGAGAUAGAAGAACAUCCUGCUUAUGACUACCAUGACCUUUCCAAUUUAAAGAUGGUUGAGACUAAAAGAAAACAAAUUCUAUCUAAAGAAAUAUUAGACCUGGAGAAAAAAAUACAGAGUGCAUCAGCUUUAACUCAAUCGUUACUUGUAGAAAUUGCUGAGACAAAAGUUAAAAUUGGUAUAAGGGAAGUAUGCACUACUGCUGCGGACAAUUGCACAGAUUACGACUCCGAUUGUGAAAGCACAGGCGAUGGGGAGUGGGAUGAAGCAAUAGGACCCAAAUGUAAAAUGGUUAACUGAGCAACGAUGUAACCAAAAGAAUAUUUGCAAAUUUCAAUAUCUAACAUUCUUUUGCUUGCAUUUCAAGAUUUUGUUAUUACUGUAUGCUUUUUUGUUAGUGAUUAUUUCAGUGAUCAAAUUAAUUAUCAAACAUUGUUUGUUUUUUAAUUAAUCAUCCUUAUCAAUGAGUGUAAAAUUAACAACUGCCCUGCUUGAGUUCAAUGUGGUUCCAUUCCAAAGAUCAAAUUAUAUAUAUAUCAUUUUCUGCUUCAUGUGAGA